AUGAUGCGCGCCGAAGAGCAGGGCAAUGCCCCGCAUGAGAACCAAUUUUCGCCGGCGAAUGUGAUGCAGCGCGCGCAUAUGCUGAACAUGCGUGCGCAACACAUGAUUGAUAGUCUUGCGCCAUUCGCCAAAGAGCGCUGGGCCGGCACUGGUGUGUUGCUUUUCCUGUUCAUGCUGCGCAUUGUUUUUGCGCACGGGUGGUACAUUGUGUGUUAUGCGCUGUUUAUCUAUUUGUUGAAUCUUUUCCUUGCGUUUCUUUCGCCCAAGUUUGACCCUGCACACGAGUCAGACCUGGCGGCACAGGACGUGGAGGAUGGCGAGCCCGGCCUGCCCACCUCGUCGAAGCCAGGCGGUGGCCUGAUGAGCAAUGUAUUCCACGGCUCGAGCGGCCAGGCGGAUGCGGAUACAGACGAGUUCCGGCCGUUUAUUCGGCGUCUCCCCGAGUUCAAGUUUUGGCUCUCUGCGACACAAGCGACACUCGUCUCUAUUGUUGCCACCUUUUUCAGCGUCUUUGACAUCCCCGUCUUUUGGCCCGUGCUUGUGGUCUACUUCGUGACGCUCUUUGUACUCACGAUGCGCCGCCAAAUCCAGUAUGUCGAUGACCAGCGCUCACGCUAG